CCCAUACCCAUAAAAUGUCGAGUCCAUGCUCGCUAUUUUACGGCCGGAAUGAGUAUCCAGGAUUGUGAUCGGGUCUAGUUUGUAGAUUGUGCAUUGUUAUUCUUUUUUUUUGGGUAGAUGCGCUUUAAACCUAGCAAGGUUGAAGGCUUCAUGGCCUUUCGUCCCUCCCCAAUCAAGAAAUCAAUGGGCGGCAAUUGCCUAACUGUAUUUUCCUAACCCUCCAUUUAUUCAUUCAAAGCUUUGGCCAACCGCAUUCAUUUCCUCAACCCACCAUAAACACCUCUUCACUCCCCCACAUUCAACUCUGCAGCAAAACACAAAAACCCCUCUCGGAGCUCUUCCCCGCCGGCGACAAUGGAGUCCUGGCUCUGCCAGCACCUCAAAUCCCAGCCCCCAUGGCUCCUCCUCCUCCUCUCCAUCGGUUUCCUCAAACUCCUCGCCUUCUCCGUCUCCCUCCUCAGAUGGGUCCACGUCAAUAUCCUCCGACCCGCCAAGAAUCUCAAGAAAUACGGGUCGUGGGCCCUCGUCACCGCCCCCACCGACGGCAUCGGGAAGGCCUUCGCCUUCCAGCUGGCCCGUAAGGGCCUGAAUUUGGUCCUCGUCGGCCGGAACCCCGAGAAGCUCAAGGACGUUUCCGAUUCGAUAGUUUCCAAGCACGGGCAGAUCCAGAUUAAGACCGUGGUGGUGGAUUUCGCCGGCGAUUUGGACGGCGGCGCGGGAAGAAUCCGGGAGGCGGUGGAGGGGCUGGAUGUCGGAGUGCUGAUCAACAACGUCGGGGUCUCGUAUCCGUACGCCAGAUUCUUCCACGAGGUCGAUGAUAAACUGUUGGCCGAUCUGAUUAAGGUCAAUGUGGAAGGGACUACUAAGGUCACUCAGGCGGUUUUGCCGGGGAUGCUCCAGAGGAAGAAAGGGGCCAUUGUCAAUAUUGGCUCCGGCGCCGCCAUCAUUAUCCCUUCCGAUCCUCUUUACUCCGUUUAUGCCGCCACCAAAGCAUACAUUGACCAAUUCUCAAGAUGCCUAUACGUCGAAUACAAGAACAGCGGGAUCGACGUGCAAUGCCAGGUACCGUUAUACGUGGCAACCAAAAUGGCAUCGAUAAAGAGAUCGUCGUUCUUUGUUCCAUCAACGGACGGGUAUGCGCGGGCAGCAUUGGGUUGGAUAGGGUAUGAACCGAGGUGCACGCCGUACUGGCCCCACUCCCUUCUAUGGGCUCUGCUCUCCUCGCUGCCCGAGUCCGGGAUUGAUGCUUGGCGCCUCAAGUAUUGCCUUGGGAUCAGGAAGAGAGGGCAGCUUAAGGACUCCAGGUCCAGGAAGACUGAUUAGGGGGGAACCCUAAUCCUAAUCAGAGUUGUUUUUUAAGUUCCAAUAUACUGUGUUUUUCCCUGUUUUAAUAUGAAACCUUUGCUUUAGUUUGCUUUAUUUAUGUCUCUGUUUUUGAAUAAUGAAUCUUGUUUAGGAGGUUAUGAGCUUAUCUUUGAAUGAAAGUGGAACUUUUCU